GCCAGUACCUGUCCCUGGAGCAGGUGCGGGACCUUGUCCAGCCGUCCCCAGCCACGCUCAUGGCUGUGCUGAAGUGGCUGCAAGGCCAUGGUGUUGAGAACUGCAGGAGCGUCACCACCCUCGAUUUCCUGGAGUGCUGCAUGCCAGCGAGCAUGGCGGAGCACCUCCUGCCAGGGGCUGAGUUCCACCGCUACGUGAAGGGCCAGCGCAGCGUUGUGCGCUCCCCGCUCCCCUACGCUGUCCCCGAGGAGCUGGCUGAGCACGUUGACUUCGUGGGUGGUCUGCACCGGUUCCCCGCGGAGAGAAAGGUGGUCAGCAGAGCCUGGGCCAAGAAGGAAACGGAGUCAAGGCAGCUUUUUAGAGCGGCUUUCCACCUGGGCGUGACGCCUUCCAUCAUUCGUAAGAGAUACAACAUGACAGGAGGAGAUGUCGGGCUGCUGCCAAACAACAGCCAGGCCUGUGCCCAGUUCUUGGAACAGUACUUCCACCAGGCUGACUUGGCUGAGUUUAUGCGGCUCUUUGGCAGCAGCUUUGGCCACCGCUCUCAGGUUGACCAAGUGGUUGGGCACCAGGGCAAGGGCAAGGCUGGGCUGGAGGCCAGUCUGGACGUGGAAUACAUCAUGAGCACGGGUGCCAACAUCUCCACGUGGGUCUUCAGCAAUGCAGGGAGGCACGAGAGCCAGGAGCCCUUCCUGGCCUGGCUCCUGCUGCUCAGCAACAUGUCGUCGCUGCCUUGGGUGCACUCCGUGAGCUACGGGGAUGACGAGGACAGCCUGUCGCUAGCCUACAUGGAGCGUGUAAACGCGGAGUUCAUGAAGGCAGCUGCCCGGGGCUUGACCAUCCUGUUUGCCUCAG